AUGUCUGAUGGUCCGAUUCGGAAGGCCUGCGACAGGUGCCACAGGCAAAAGCUCAGCUGUAAACGCGUCGGCGAUGAAGCAUGCGAGCGGUGUAUCAGACUCAAGGAAGAGUGCACCUCAAGUCCUUCUCUGCGCUAUCGGAAGCAACACCAGCACGGCUCGACUCGAGACUUUGCACGUAAAGGUGUCUCGUCACCUAAGCGGCAACGGACCUCGGGCGGCCACCCAGUUGCGCACACUGAUCUGUCGAUCGUCAAGGCCCAGUCUGUUGGUUCUGUCUGCAGUAACACAGGAUUCGAAGACAAUGGUGUCGUUACAUCCGAUGCCAUGAUGGACAUGGUCGACUUCGACUUCAGUUUUGGCCACCCCACCGGGCUCUAUCAGCCAGGUCAAAACCAGCAGCAGCCGGCACCCCAGACAUUCGGCGGCAACAUGGACGCAUUGAUGUCGGAUCACGGAGAUGCCAUCGCCCACUCUUGGAGCCCUGUUCACUCUACAGCAUCGGACUCUGCAUUUACUUCGCCUAUGGCUCCGGAAACAGGCCAGGUCGGCCGUCCCUAUCUCGGAAGCCCUUUAUCCUACAGGCAAAUGUCGAGAUCCAGUAAGCAACACGACUCAACUCCGCAGCGGAAAUCGAAAAAGCGUGCCAAGCAAAGAACAAGACAGAUCAUGCUGCGGCCGUAUGCUGGUGGCCAAGGCUCAUCGACGGAGGAGUGGAUGCCUCGCAUCACCGAAGUCAACUCCCGACUCUUUGAGCUUUCGUCAGAUCUCCCCCUUCAGACGGACCCUUCCGAGGACACCAGCCGAUCCAGCAUAGCCUUCACGCCCGAUGACGGAAGCUCCACGACGACGCCUUUCCCUAUCGAUGAGAUGUUCAAACUCUCGCGUCACUUCGCAGACGUCCUUGCGGAGAUGUCUCCACCCAUGGAGGUGGGCUCUCCCGCAAGCGAUGACGGAGGCUCUCUACUCGCUAGACGACUCAACUCCUUGUCGGAUCCGGCGACCUGUCUCUUCGUUCUCUCGACAUAUGUUCGGUUUCUGGACAUGUAUCAAAAGGUCUUUAGCUGCAUUCACUCAGAGCUAGCACAGCUAGAGUCGGGCAACCUGUUUCAGUCCUGGAAGCUUCCUGGCGUCACUGUGGGCUCAUUCGCAGUUGAUUCGACGCCGUCGCUACAGAUGUCUCUGACCAUUCAGUUGGCCGAGGAGUUCCUUCUACAGAUGCGGCGAGCAACUGCAUCGCUAGAUCCAGCUCUGCGAUCGGAUGGCUCGCCAGCAGGCAAGGCACCUGACGCAACCUCCAUGUUCUCUGGUGUAGUCGAUGUCUCAUUCCAGGCCCUGAAGAGGCAAGAAGAAAGCCUAGGCAAGGAGCUAAAGGAUCUACGCAAGGCAAUGGAGGCAUUGCUCGACGGAUGA